AUGGCUUUAGUCGACAACGACCAGAUCCAGAGCGCAGAGCUUCUGUCGCCUCUCAGCACCUACAGGCAUCUGUACGUGUGGCCCUUUGCCAUCAUAUGGCCCAUCUUCGCCAGAUACUACUACACCCCCGAGCUCUACGAGAAGCACAUCGGUGCCGAGGAAUGGACCUUCGUCUGGUGCGGUGCCAUCAUCACGGCCCAGUCUCUCGUCUGGCUGAGCACCCACUGGAGCGUCAACCUCAAGGCCUCCUUCACCGCGACCAAGGCCCAGACCGUCGACCAGGCCCAGCUCAUCAAGGUCAUCCCCAUCGCUAACGCUGGAACCCCCGAGAUCUGCGAGAUCGAGCGCGAGACUGUCGCCGGCAAGACCAACACCUCGUUCCUGUUCCAGAAGCGCCGCUUCCUCUACGACCCCGCCAAGAAGUCCUUCAGCCCUCUCGUCUACGCCAUCGACACCGAGCCGAAGCCCAAGAUCGAGUAUUUCCAGAAGUCCAAGGGCAUCACCAACCAGGCCGAGCUCACUCGCCUCGAACAACACUAUGGGACCAACACGUUUGACAUCCCGGUGCCUACCUUCACCGAGCUCUUCAAGGAGCACGCUGUGGCUCCCUUCUUCGUGUUCCAGAUCUUCUGUGUCGGCUUGUGGAUGCUCGACGAGUACUGGUACUACUCGCUCUUCACCCUCUUUAUGCUGGUCGUCUUCGAGUCCACCGUGGUCUGGCAACGCCAGCGCACCCUCAACGAGUUCCGCGCCAUGAGCAUCAAGCCCUAUGACGUCUGGGUCUACCGCCUGGGCAGGUGGACUGAAGUCCAGAGCGACAAGCUUCUCCCCGGCGAUCUUGCGUCGGUAAGCCGCACUAAGGAGGACAGCGGCGUUGCUUGCGAUAUGCUCUUGGUCGAAGGAGCUGCCAUCGUCAACGAGGCCAUGCUCUCUGGCGAGAGCACUCCCCUGCUGAAGGACUCAAUUCAGUUGCGCCCCAGCGACGCCCAGAUUGACACAGAAGGCCUGGACAAGAAUGCGUUCCUCUGGGGUGGUACCAAGGUUUUGCAGGUCACCCACGGCAAUCCUGAUGAGGAGAGGCCCAGGCUUGCGUCUGGUGUCCCUACACCCCCGGACAACGGAGCUAUGGCUAUCGUCAUGAAGACUGGAUUCGAGACGUCGCAAGGCAGUCUUGUUCGCACCAUGAUAUACUCGACCGAGCGCGUUUCGGCAAACAAUGCAGAGGCCCUGUUCUUCAUCUUGUUCCUGCUGAUCUUCGCCAUUGCCGCAUCCUGGUACGUGUGGGACGAAGGUGUCAAGAAGGACCGGAAGCGUUCCAAGCUCCUGUUGGACUGUGUCUUGAUUGUUACCAGUGUCGUCCCCCCUGAGCUGCCCAUGGAGCUCAGUCUCGCUGUCAACACAAGUCUUGCCGCCCUCGCCAAGCUUGCCAUCUUCUGCACUGAGCCAUUCCGUAUUCCCUAUGCCGGACGUGUUGAUAUCGCUUGUUUCGACAAGACUGGUACUCUUACGGGCGAGGAUCUCGUGGUCGAGGGUAUCGCUGGUCUCGGCCUUGGCCACAGCGGAACGGACACCCCUGUUGAGUCCGAUGGCGCCCACAGCCACAUGACUCCCGUCAAGGAUGCUGGCAUGGAGACUACUCUGGUUCUGGCUACUGCACACGCUCUGGUCAAGCUUGAUGAGGGAGAUGUUGUUGGUGACCCUAUGGAAAAGGCAACGCUGACUGCUUUGGGCUGGACUCUCGGAAAGAAUGACCACUUGUCCGCCAAGCCAGCUGUUGCCGCUGCCGGUGGCAUUGCAGGCAACGUCCAGGUGAAACGCCGCUUCCAGUUCUCGUCUGCCCUCAAGCGCCAAAGCUCCGUUGCCACCAUCAAUGCCAUGGAUUCCAAGACUGGCAACAAGAUGAAGGGUACGUUUGUGGGCGUCAAGGGUGCCCCCGAAACAAUCAUGAAGAUGCUUGUUACCGUUCCUCAGGACUACGAGGAGACAUUCAAAUACUUCACCCGUCGCGGCUCACGUGUUCUCGCCCUCGCCUACAAGCAACUCUCCACGGACAGCGAACUCGGCUCUGGCAGGAUCAAUGAUUUGAAGCGUGAAAAGGUCGAGUCUGAUCUCACUUUCGCUGGUUUCCUCGUCCUGCAAUGCCCCCUGAAGGAAGACGCCAAGGAGGCUGUUCAGAUGCUCAACGAGAGCAGCCAUCGCGUGGUCAUGAUCACUGGUGAUAACCCUCUUACUGCUGUCCACGUCGCUCGUGAAGUAGAAAUUGUCGACCGCGAUGUGCUCAUUUUGGAUGCCCCUGAACACAACCACGGUGGCGACAAGCUGAUCUGGAAGAGCACCGACGAUAAGACCAGCAUUGACGUCGACCCCUCUGCACCUAUCGACUCCGAAAUUCUGAAGAACAAAGACAUUUGCGUCACCGGAUAUGCAUUGACCAAACUAAGGGAAAGGGACAACCAAGCCGCCUUCCUGAGUCUUCUGCGUUAUACUUGGGUUUAUGCUCGUGUUUCGCCGAAGCAGAAGGAGGAAAUCCUCAUUGGAAUGCGGGAUCUGGGCUAUUACACCCUCAUGGCUGGUGAUGGUACCAAUGAUGUUGGUGCUUUGAAGCAAGCUCACAUUGGCGUCGCACUGUUGAACGGUACCCAGGAAGACCUGGUACGCAUCGCAGAACACAGCCGAAACACAAAGAUGAAGGAAAUGUACCAGAAACAGGUCGAUCUAAUGAAGCGUUUCAACCAGCCUGCCCCUCCGGUUCCCGUUAUGAUUGCUCACCUUUUCCCUCCUGGACCAUCCAACCCUCACUUGCAGAAGGCUAUUGAGCGAGAGGCCCAGAAGAAGAGAAUCACCCCCCAGGAAUAUGCCAAGCAACAUGGUAUCGACGCCCCUGAAACCAUUACAACCCCAGCUGCCCAACAAUUGAUCAACGCCGACCCGCGGCAAGCUAAGCAGCAACAAGCUGCUCAGAAGGCCGCCGGUUUUGCCGACAAGCUUACUUCCAGCAUGAUGGAUGCUGAGAUGGAUGACGAGCCACCUACGCUUAAGCUUGGUGAUGCAUCUGUCGCUGCGCCUUUCACCAGUAAGCUGCGUAACGUUGUGGCUAUACCAAACAUCAUCCGCCAGGGCCGCUGCACUCUUGUUGCCACCAUCCAGAUGUACAAGAUCCUCGCUCUCAACUGUUUGAUCAGUGCAUACAGCUUGAGUGUGCUCUACCUCGAAGGCAUCAAGUUCGGCGAUGGUCAGUAUACAAUCAGCGGUAUGCUCAUGUCGGUGUGCUUCCUAUCAAUCUCCCGUGCUCGUACCGUCGAGGGUCUCUCAAAGGAACGCCCGCAGCCCAACAUCUUCAACUUCUACAUCAUUGGCUCGAUUCUUGGACAGUUUGCCGUCCACAUCGUUACCCUUAUCUACAUUGCCCGUCUAUGCGAGAAGCUCGACCCUCGAGGUGAUUUGGAAGUCGAUCUUGAGGCAGAGUUCAGUCCUUCUCUCCUGAACACAGCCGUGUACUUGCUGCAACUCAUCCAGCAAAUCUCUACGUUCGCUGUCAACUACCAAGGACGACCUUUCCGCGAGUCCAUAUCUGAGAACAGAGGCAUGUUCUGGGGUAUCAUUGGUGUUACCGCCAUCGCCUUCUCCUGCUCAACCAAGUUCAUUCCCGAGCUGAACGAGAAGAUGAUGCUCGUCGACUUCUCCAACGAGUUCAGCACCACGCUGACGACUGUCAUGGUCAUCGACUACGUAGGUUGCUACAUGAUCGAAAAGGUUCUGAAGUAUCUCUUUAGCGACUUCCGGCCUCGUGACAUUGCCCUCCGAAGGAAGGAUCAGGAUGAGCGCGAAAAGGAGCGCAAGGCCAUUGUGCAAGCCGAAAAACUCCUCAAGGAAGAGAAGGAGCGGCUUGCCAAGGUUGAGGAGUUCGAGAAGAAGGUCGAGGAGAGACGACAGAAGAUCCAGCAGUGGGCUCAGGGCCGGCAACAGGGUGCUGUUGCUCAGUAA